AUGUCUAGAACGCCGGUCAACACCAACGGCGAAGACGUGGCUUUCGUCGUUACCAUCAUAAAACAAGUUGAGAUCGAACUCUAUAUAAAGCAGAGCUCUCGCUGUGCGACAGGUUUCUCCUGGGGCGCUGGAAUGAGCUAUGCCUUUGCUUGCUCGCAGGCUAAAUGGUUUAAGGCUGUGAGUGUCUUGAACGGUGGCGUGAUUAGUGGGUAUGAAGGUGGCCAUGAUCCUAUUGCUUAUCGAGAGACCCAUGGGAUCAACGAGCCCGUUGUUCCUUUCGAUCGGGGUGUGGCGCUGGCGGAUAAGUUUGUAGGGAUUAAUUACUACCAACCAACGAAUAUCGAUAAGCCGUGGUCUGGAAGGGUACAAACCAGAUAA